UCUGGACGAGCAGCGUGUGACAGAUGCAAUUCUCAUCUCAGUCCUCGCUAUCAGACCAGGGGCUCAUUCACCAUUGGCCCCAUUCAUUGGACCGGCAAUGCACAGCAUGCUAUAACACCAUGCUUCCCUUCACCAGACCCAGCGGAGCUCUCUCACUAGCGCAUAUCACUUGCACGCUGAGCAGAAGACUCUGCCCAGACACACUUCAUCCCAGCACAGAGAGCUGAGACUCAGAGAGAGAAAACAACGAGUAAGCAGCUCUAUCUUACCAUCCGUUACUCUAACUGCUGUGGCACAGAAGAGGAGAGAUUGGGAUAACGCAUUGCUGGAGGCUACUAGAAGAAACAAAGCCAUGCGAGAUAGAGCCCCAAAGUAACUGUAACAGACUGGGCAAAAUUAUACUCACCAGUGUUUGAGGAUCCAAGAGGAUGAGGUAACAUGCUUGCUCUAUUCCUGACUGAUGGAAACUGAGUAUUUCUUCUGAGACUGAGACUAAGAAAAGUAAGCAAACAAAAGAAAAGCCUUGUUGGGUGGACUUGUUUUGAUCUCUCUUGGACUUCGUGCAUGGAAGCUUGGAAGUUUCGGGUCCCCCAUGGCGUGUUACUACAUUGUCAUCAGCUCCACGCACCUCAGCAAUGGACACUUUCGAAACAUCAAGGGAGUUUUCCGAGGCCCCCUCUGCAAAAAUGGCAACAAAAACUUGGACUAUGCUGAGAAUGAGAAAACUUUGGACAAAGCCCUGGAGGACCUCAAGGCCAACUUCUACUGUCAGCUGUGUGACAAGCAGUACUACAAGCAUCAAGAGUUUGACAACCAUAUCAACUCGUAUGACCAUGCUCACAAGCAGAGGCUGAAGGAACUGAAGCAGAGAGAGUUUGCCCGCAACGUGGCCUCCAAAUCCAGGAAGGAUGAGAGGAAACAGGAGAGAGCUCUCAGACGCCUACAUGAGCUUGCUGAACAGCGCAGAGAGGUGCAAUGUGCCCCAGGAAGUGGUCCUAUGUUCAAAUCGACCACGGUUGCAGUGGAAGGAACUUUCAGGGAGUCCUGCUGCGAUGAUUCCCAAGAAGAGAACCAAAGCUUUGCGAGUCAGGACUCAGGAGGUCAGAUCCAUUCCAGCAGCUGUGGCUUAGCUUGUAAGCAGUCACCAUGGCCGUACAAUGGGAAGGCCAAAAAGCAAACUUUCAGACGCAAAAUUGCAUUUUCUUUUUCCUUUCCAAAGAAAGCAUCUGUUAAGCUUGAGUCAUCAGCGGCAGUUUUUUGUGAGAGCAUGGAGGAGAGAUCGAUGGAGCAAAACCGCAGGCAAAGACUCAAAGUACCCCCUGUCGAGCUUGACCUCCCCGGCUCCCCCACAGAGGAAAAAGUACUAAAUUGUGAGGAGGCAUUUUACCACACUGGCACACAGCAGGGCAAGCACUUCCAAAAAAUUGGCAGCACAGGAAGUCAGGAGUCAUCAGAUACACCUGUGGGGAGGGAGAGCCUCUCGUCAAAUGCCUCAGAUUUGUGUGCUUUGCUCGUUUACUCAGAGGAUGUGCCCAGUCCCUGCGUCCCCCUCGUAACCACUUCCCCUUUUCAUUUAAACAGUGCUGAUAUUGUUCUCGACUCUGACGACUCUUUUGAGAUCCUGAAAAGCAGCAAUGCUGAAAGUAAACCUGAGACCUCUGAAGAGGUGACAGUAGAGGAGAGCAGCAUUACACAGGAGGGGCACUCAAACUUUAGUGAUCCUCCCAAAAAGAGUUUCUCAGAUGUGUCACCCAAGAAUGAUUCUCCUCCAAGAAGACAAGUCCUAGUGGAGGAUGCAACUGAAAAGACAUCAUCCCUUUUCACAAAGCCCAGCCAGCCUUUUUUCUCUGUUCUAAGCAGGGAUGGUAACACCAUAUUUCAGUGGCCCUCUGAGAUGGUGACCUUCACAAGGACAGAGCCAUCCUUGUCUUUCAGUUGCAACCCCCUCCAUUUUGACUUCAAGAGGUCACGGAUUAGAAGGCCUGCUGACACUCAGGAGAUGACUGAGCCCAAAACUGAUGAGGAAUUAUCUGUCUGCUCAGGUUUCAAAUCUUGCCACUCUGACAAGGACAUUGAGGAAUCCACAGCCAGCCCUAGAAACAGUCCCAGCCAAGGGCCUGAAGGCAAGGUCAGAAAGUGUUAUCAGUAUUCAAGUGACACAGAGAGUUGCGUCAGGCUGAAAACAUAUGACGGGUGUAGACAUUCCAAAGAUUGGAUUCAUGCAAGUAGGAGAAUGGAAGAGAAGCUUCGGGCCAGGGAUCGACGUUAUUACAGGAGCCAUGGCAAAAGGAAGCGAAGGAGGUGGAAGAGGAGGAGAGAAAGACACCGGGAGACAGAGAGCAAUGCGGUAAAAUGUAAGAAAUUCUACAGACGGCUUGGGAGUGUGGAAGGACUUGAUAGCCAAUUUAGAGGCACCACUUUACAGCAAGUGCAGCCAUUAGAAAAGUCAAAGCAAUCAGCUCAAAAUCAGGCUGAGGACAGCAGCACAGCUCCCAUGGUUAAGGAAGGGGCGGGAGGUACAAGGCAGGAGGCACCAGCCGAUGUAAACGGCUCAGCGGGCUGCAUCAUUCUCUCUGAUGAGUUCUGCGCCGAUGUUGAAAAGGUGCUUGGUAACAGCAGGAAAAAGCCUGACAAUCCAACUGCAGGGGAGCUAACAAUCACAGGACAGUAUUCCAACAGCCAUAAUGCAUAUAACUUUCAGAGUUCCAGCACAGCCCUGAGGUGCCCAGUGGAGGCAUCUCCACCACCUAAGACUGACAGAGAUGGACCUAGUGAAGGACAAAUUUUGAAAAGGCCACGUGAAGAUUCUCAAAGCGAUGGAGAUGAGCACAGACCAGAUGAUUAUUGUGGCCUCUGCAGAUCAUUAGAGGAGAUUUCUGAUGGAUGUUCAUUAGAAGAAUAUGCCUCUGCAGAUACAGAACUUAAUUGUUGUGAGCACAGGAUUUUAAGGAAAAGACUGAAACGGACACAUGUCCAAGAUGAAUCAUCAUGCCUUGCAAAUAAAUGCCCCAUUGUUAAAAACAGAGUUCUGGAAGAACAGGACAAGGCCACGGAGGAGUAUAGCAUGAAAUGCCUUGUUUUAAAAGGCAUGUGUGACAGCUCAAAUGGGUCAGACCAAAUUCCAUGCAGUAUUGAUGAUAGAGAGAGCAGUGUGGUUGAUUCUCAGACAUUUACUUCCAUUAGCAAUUCCCUGGAUCAUACUGUGGUGGAUAGCAGUGAUUGGCAGCAGAACUCCUCCUCUCAGAUCAAUUCUUCAUGCACCAAGGGCAGUCUAGCUCUGUUGGAGACUAAUUCAAAGCUCUCAAAGGAGCUAACAAAGGAGAACAGUAACAUGUCUAAAGCAGUACAAACCCCUGUAAAGAAUUGUAACAAGUAUUCAGUGGCAGCUCAGGCCUGCCUGCUCGAUGUAAGAGAGAUUGCCCUGCAGAGGACUGAAAAAGCCACUCAUGACAAAUCAUGUCAGCACAGCCUUCAAACCCCACUGCAGAGGUUUCACCUAGGCAUUCAGGCUGAGGAGAAGUUAAGCAGGGAGUGCUUCCACACCACCAGCAGCCUGUUCCAACCUCCUCCAUCAUUCCAGCCUCCCUCAGAUGCUAUGGAAAGACACUGUCUCCUACAGAUCCAAAGCCACAGACAGUUGCUGCACCAGCAGGUGUUUCCUGCCAAGCUCAAAUCCGUCCUGCCCAGGCCACAUCUGCCCAUGUCAUCUGCCCACCUCAAUCCAGUUCACCUGUCCUCCUCCAUACCUUCUGGCUCCAUCACUAUACGUCACACCAUACUACAGAACCACCCUGCUUUCCUUCCCCCACAACCCCGCCUUUACCCCCAGGUACUGCCUGUUUCUCAACUUCCAUUGGGGCCGGAGAUCUGUCCGCCCGCUGCUACUCCCUUCGUGACACCUUCACAGGUACCUGUGGUUCCGGCACCCCCAAGUAUUCACCCUAUGACUGUGACAUUUCAUGCCCUGCCCCGACCUGCCAUGUUUCCGUCCAUGUUACCCCCUCAUCUUGCUGUCAUGCCCUUGCAGCCUCUCUUCUAGUUCUACAGUUAUUUCUGUAUGUAUAUAUAUAUAUAUAUAUAUAUAUAUAUAUAUAUAUAUAUUUCAAAAGUGAGAGAAACAUCUUCAGCAAUGCUCCCUAAGGUAGAAUGUUGAAAUAGGAAGGAUAGUCCCUAGGUGGCACACAAAAGAGUUGUCUUUGCAGUUUGGAAAGAAUGCUGUUUCUGUGCCAUUUUUGUCAGUAGAGCUUCUUUAAGAGAAACACUGCACAGUGCUCGUAUUAAGAAGUGUAUAACCAACCUACCUGAUUUAUUAGAAAUUGUUGAUCAGAAUAAUGAUUUUAACAGAUUUUGAACACCAAAAAGACGAUAUUUUCAUAAGGUCAUGCAAAGCAUGAUCAUUUAAAUCUAAACUGUAGGCGCACAUCUUGGUAGAAAGAAAUUAUUAAAUAUUCUAAAUACAUAAAAAAAAUGCUUUAGUCUACAUACACUUAGAGGUAUUAACAAUAUACUGUAAUAAUAAUAGUUAGCCCUGUGAUAGACUGGCCACCUGUUAAGAGUGUUUCCCUGCCUUUGGCCCAAGGUACCCCCUGCAACCCUACUUAGGAUAAGCAGGUAUAGAAAAUGGAUGGAUGGAAUAAUAAUAUUAAGUAUACCAUAACUAUGGUUGCUAUUGUCUUACAAUCUGUAGUGAUAUGAAUACAGGAUGUCCUAAAUGGUCAAACAGAUUUUCAUAGUAAGCCUACAGAGAAUUGAUGUAACACAGAUAUUUAUCAUGUGUGGCAGCAUUUAAAAUGAAUUACACUGGUACCAGUGUAUGAUAGUAAUUUCUUUAAAUAUACUGCUACUUUGCCUGUCAAAGGCUAGCGGAAUGCAGCAGGAUAACGCUAUGCACCAUGUGCUAUGAAAGCACAGUGUUGAACACAAACAUAGAUCUCAUUUAUAUGACCAGUAGUGUAAAACUUUACAAUAUGUGUGCAUUAAUAUGCAUUAUUUCAUGCUUAACUAAUGCACAGAUAAUAU